GUAGUCCAGUAGACUCGGUCGAUGAUCCUACAUUAAUCUGAUGAUUAUUUUAGUACUUUGUUGCCUGUAGAAGCGUUCCAAAAGGCGGAACGAGUCGUUUCCCUCACUUGGAGGCUGUUUUAUUAUGCCUGCAGCAAUCUCUCCCUAUCAGUCAAAAGUUGCCCACGAGGCAAGAAAAGUUAUUUCACGACAUUAAAAAAAAAAAAAAAUCUUAAUCUAGUGAGUUGUUCGUGAUUACUUUUCCUGUGCAUUUGAUUUGCAUAUUCAGUAUUUGUGGCGCCUUUUAUAGAGUUUGUGGGCCGCAACACCCUCGAUUUACAUGCACUUACAAAAGACGUCUUUGCAAUAAUUAAUUUAUUUAAUUUGUGUAAUUUGCAAUGCAUUUUUUACUGAUGUGCAUAGUAGAUUAGAUACAGUGUUAUUGUCAUCACAGUGAAAUGUUGAUUAGCAGGAAUGCAAAGUUAUGGAAUAUUAGUAAUGUGUGUUGCAGCACUUCUUUAAAGUUUGAAACAAUCGCCAUGCUUCAGAAACCAUGGGUUAAAAUGUGACAAAAAAAAAAAAAGGAAUGAAAAAAGGAAGAGCAUUUUGAUUGACCAUUAAAAGCAAGAAAAAUGUAUGUAGCAUGAUCAUCAGCAGUAAUGUAAAUGGGGCAUUGCUUUUCAUUUUUUUAGAGUAAAUUGUAAUAACUACUUUAAAUAUGAUAAUAAUGUAUAAUGAAGUUUUUUUUCUUUUUCCAAUUUCACUCUCACUUUUCUAGAACUAACAGUUAAUCAGAUUCGACAGGUGUCCAAACAAAUUGAAUUUCACUGUUUCUUCAUGUGUUUGAAGGUUAAUAUCUGUACUUCCUCCGCUUUGGUUUAUUUUCUCUUCAUGUAAACAAAGUAAGCUUAUUUUCAAGUGUUCAUGAAUUGAAUAAAGGUUUUACUAACCUUGAGUGUCGCUGAGAUAAGCCAGUCUGCAUUUUGAAUACUUCGAUACUGUAUUUUUCCUUUGACCUAGUUUAAAUAUUAGCUACAACUUCCCGGAGAAUCUUUUUGAAUUGUCAAAGACUUAAAAAUAACGUUAUGAAGACAUGCAGAGGAUGUUCUCAAAGUAAUUGCAUGAAAAUGAUAGACAAGAAUAACAAUCAAAGAGCCAAAAUAGAUUUUCUCCAGACUUGUGAUUUCCUCAGCAAUCAAGUAAAGCGUUGGUCAAACCUGUAUUGGCUAAGAGUUCACUCUCCAGUUCUGCGUAAAGGAAAGUGAAACUUACGAACGCUCUGCCUGCGUGUCAGUUAUCUUAUUCUGGCUCCAGUGUGAGUGCAGCCUUGGAAGUAGAGCUCAGUCUUAUUGUUUUGGAUAUGUGGACUGUGAAUGAGAAACCUUCAAGGCUGAAGAUGACGGUGGUGAAUAUGUUUGGGAGGAAUCCCAACUUUCAAAGGAUAUUAAAACAUAGUCUUGGUUUACAGUAUGACGGCGAGCUGGGUUUUCCCGGCGAUGACGGGGACGACCAUGAUAACUGGGUUCGUCAUCACAGGAAUUUUCAUGCCCCUCUGAGGCACGUCGACUUUAGCGACGAUAGAGGACGCCGCUCAGCGUCGUCCAACUUUCUAUACCAGCCCUCACGUAACUUCAGGGCUUCAUCUCACGACAUCUCUAGCCUGUCUUUAAUAGAAGUUCAGCCAAAGGAAAAGGAUACUGAAAGUAAAGCCAGAUUAAUACAAGAAACUAAACAGAGCAAAGCAAAGGCUGAGAAGAAGAAAAAGAAAAAGCUUAAGCAGAAGGAACGGAAACGUCGGGAGAAGUUGGAAAAGGAAAAACAAAAUGCAGCAAAAAAUGAAGCCGGAAAAGACGGCGCUCAGCAGGGUGAGGAGGUGGAGGGUAAACCGGACUGCGACGAAGAUAACGACGACGACGACGACGCCAACUCCAGCGGCAAACCUGCGGCACCGGCUGAAGAUUACGACUCCAGCGAGCAGGAGUCUAGUGACGGAGAUUACGACUCCUGUGCCUCGGAGGUAGAGCUGGAUAUGGGGAGUUCCUUCGUGAGCAAAGCUGCUCUUAUAGCCAAACGUAAACUGGAGCAGAAGCCAAAGAAGGAGAAGAAGGUCGCAGAUAAAGAGGAAACUCAAACCGUCCAUAAUAAACCUAGUGAGAGCCAGGAGGCUGACAAGAAGGAUUCUGCUGCUGCGGGCGGCGCGUCACUUGAAGAUAAUAUACAAAAAAGUAACGAUUUUGCAGUAUUUGGAAAUAAAUGUGCCAGCAGUGGAGACUUUAACAUGGCCGUGAAGUUUUUCACAGACGCAAUUAAAUUCAACCCGACAGAGUUUAAGCUGUUUGGCAAUCGCUCCUUCUGUUUUGAGAAGCUACAGGAAUACGAGAAGGCGCUCGCUGACGCCCAGCUGGCCCUCGGCAUCAGUCCAGGCUGGGUUAAAGGCCUGUUCAGGAAGGGGAGAGCUCUGGCCGGCCUGAAGAGGUAUGAGGAGGCCGCCCAGGCCUUCAGGGACGUCCUCAAACAGGACAGCAUGUGUGCCGAGGCGGCGCAAGAGCUGAUGCGAGUGCAAAUAACGCAACUAAUGGAGCUCGGCUUCACCCGCGAGCAGAGCUCAAACGCCUUAAUUAUUCACGGGACGCUAGAGAAGGCGUCGGAGGUGCUGUCCAAAUUGCAGCGCGGAGCAGGAGGUGUUCAGAAUGUUUCUCCACCAUCAAUGCAAGUAGCAAAUGUCACCGGAGUGUCUCCAGUCCUCUCGGCGAGCAUCGGUCCCGCAUCACCGCCUCCUCCUCCUCACGCUGGUGCAGCCGCUCCUCUUCCUCCACCCAGUGCUCCUCUUCCUCCAGCCUUUGUCGGCGCUCCUCUUCCUCCAGCCGGCGGUCCCGCUCCCCGUCCCGCUGCCGCUCAGCACGCAGCAAAGAAUCCUCCUAAGAGCAAACCUGUAGAUCCAGCCACGGAGCUGUUUCCAGUCUGGGUGGGAAACCUGAACCACACAAUAACAGACUCCGUGAUUAAAAACCUGUUUAGCAAGGCCGGGACCGUCGCCAGCGUGAAGGUCCUGACCGCCAGGCGAUGCGCCUUCGUGAACUUCACCGAUCAGGAGAGCUGCGAGGACGCCAUCCGGCGCUUCCACGGUUAUGAGCUGAAUGGAGUCACGCUCGCGGUGAGAUACCCCGACCGCAUCGCUCCGGGGAUGAACAUUUCCAAAUCUGCCCUCCGAGCGAAUUCCUCUGCCAGAUAAAAAAAAAAAGAAAAAAACCAACGCUGGGCCGAACGUUGAAAACCAAAGGUCUGUCCUCCCAGCUCAAAGAA